AUCUCAGAGUCAGAGUCAAAGGCCCAGGGCCAGGCCCAGGGUGCUGCAAUUCGAUUCUUGCAGCCCAGAGCUAGCUUCCGACUUUCCUCCCUUGCUCCGACCUGUGCGCUUUGCAGCGCAUCUGUGACCUUGGACGCCUUUCUCAGGAACUAUCUUACCUCGUGUCAAAGAGUUUGGCAGAUUUGAAGAGGGCUUUGUGGACCAAUCGACGGAGACCGGGAGCAGUUUGUGAGAGGAAGGAAGUUUGUGCUUGCCAAUUCAAUAUCUUCCUUCCUUAUGAGACGAAUUGGAUUCCUUUAUCUGGACACAAGCUCUUAAAAGGUGACUGAGAGCAGUUUUAAAGUUGCAGGGUUUGCGCCAAAGUUAUUCAGAGGGCACCGUCAUGCAGCAAGGGGACAUGGACCCGGAUGAUUUGGAUAGAGACUUUGAGGAGGGCGAGGAGAUGGAGACUUCGAGGGUUGUGCAGAGCUACUACGAUGGAAAAUACAGCCAGUACAUGGUGUGCGGGAACCUGUUUGAGGUGCUGGCAAAGUAUGUCCCGCCUAUAAGGCCAAUAGGCAAGGGGGCGUACGGCAUUGUGUGCUCGGCAAUCAAUUCGGAGACGCAGGAGGAGGUCGCCAUCAAGAAGAUCAGCAACGCGUUUGAGAACCGGAUAGAUGCCAAGCGAACGUUGCGCGAGAUCAAGCUACUGCGACACAUGGACCAUGAAAAUGUUAUUGCAAUUCGGGACAUCAUGCGCCCCCUGGCCGACAUAGGAAAGUACAACGACGUGUAUAUCGUAUACGAGUUGAUGGACACGGACUUGCACCAGAUCAUCCGCUCCAGCCAGCAACUCUCCGAGGACCACUGCCAGUACUUCCUGUACCAGCUGCUGCGCGGCCUCAAGUACAUCCACAGCGCGAACGUGCUCCACCGCGACCUCAAGCCGAGCAACCUGCUGCUCAACGCCAACUGCGACCUCAAGAUCUGCGACUUCGGCCUCGCGCGCACCUCCACGGAGAAGGACUUCAUGACGGAGUACGUCGUGACGCGCUGGUACCGUGCGCCGGAGCUGCUUCUCAAUUGCCAGGAGUACACCGCUGCCAUCGACGUGUGGAGCGUCGGGUGCAUCUUUGCGGAGCUGCUGGGGCGGCGGCCUCUCUUCCCCGGAAAGGAUUACGUCCAUCAACUGAAGCUGAUCACGGAGGUCCUGGGCUCCCCCGAGGAGGGCGACCUGGGCUUUUUGCGCAGCCAGAACGCGAAGCGGUACAUCCAGUCGCUGCCGAAGCAGCAGCGCGUGCCGCUCGCGCAGCUCUACCCGACGGUGCAGCCCAUGGCCAUGGACCUGAUCGACAAGAUGCUCGUGUUCGACCCCAACAAGCGGAUCACCGUCAUUGAGGCGCUGAACCACCCGUAUUUGGCCAGCCUACACGACAUCAAUGACGAGCCGAGCUGCCCGUACCCCUUCAUGUUUGAUUUUGAGCAGCAAAACUUGACAGAAGAUAUUGUACGGGCGCUCAUCUACGAGGAGUCGUGCUUCUAUAACCCGGACCCUCCAGGUCCUGAGGAGGACGUAAUGAUGGGCUAAGUCGAGGAACGGAGUCUUGCAUCGGAGUUGUCAGGUACAUAAGUUACAGUUGCGUCUGAUGUUGACAAACUCGGAUUCAGCUUAUUAGGCGUUGCGCCCAGCGAAUGCACUCAAGCUCGCUGAGUCUCUCCUACUCAUAAAGUCAAAAUCAGUAGGAGAAACUUGCAUGGCAGUGGGCUACAUAGUCUGUCGGUUACGGUCUUCAUUUGUCAAGGCGAUCAACAGCUCAUCGAACGUUUGUUUGUUCUGAUUCCAGAGUUGAGCUGAGUUUCUCAUGGCGA